CCCCAGGCCUACCACAACAUUGUUGAGAAAGCUUGUCCCAUCCUCCUCUGUUGCCAUGAAGCCUUCGCUCCUACUCUCUCUCCUCUUCUCAUGCUUCCAUCUUUGCUACUGUGCCCAAAGCUAUGAUGCAAUUUUUAGCUUUGGGGACUCCCUUUCUGAUGCCGGUAACCUCAUUGUCAAAAACCCCAGCCUUUAUCUCACGGCCAAGUGGCCUUAUGGCAUGACCUUCUUCCACAAACCCACCGGCCGAUGUUCUGAUGGACGCUUGUUCAUCGACUUCCUUGCCGAGGCGUUUGGGCUGCCGCUGCCUCCACCAUCUUUGAAGCCUGGCCAGGACUUCCGUAGAGGAGCAAAUUUCGCUACCACCGGCGGCACAGUACUGGACUACAGUUUCUUCCAGCGAAGAGGUAUCGCAAAAUCUAUAUUUACCAACGGUUCCUUGGACACCCAGAUCUCGUGGUUCGAGCAUAUGAAGCCUUCCCUCUGCGGCACGCCCCAAGCCUGCAAGAACUACGUCGGCAAAUCUCUCUUCGUCGUUGGAGAGUUUGGAGGGAAUGAUUACAGUGCUUUCUUGUUCUCGGGCAGAAGCAUGGCUGAAGUGAGAGCAAAUGCGCCCAAAAUCGUUAAUGGCAUUGUAAAGGGUCUCGAGAGAUUGAUCGGCAAUGGGGCUGUGGAUCUGGUGGUGCCUGGAAUUCUACCCAUCGGAUGCUUUCCACUGUACCUGCAGCUGUACAAAAGUAAUAACAAAAAUGACUACAACCGGUUCGGAUGCUUGACGAAGUACAACCGUGUGGCCUUCUACCACAAUCAAGUGUUAAAGAUGAAACUGCGUUAUCUCCAGCAAAGAUACCCGCAGACGAGGAUCAUGUAUGCAGAUUUCUAUAAUGCAGCCAUGCAUUUUGUGAUGAAUCCGCUAAAAUAUGGAUUUACCAAUGGGGCUCUGAAGGCUUGUUGUGGGGGAGGUGGCCCUUACAACGUCAAUCUAGACCGCAGGUGCGGUCAAAAGGGGUCGAACGUAUGCCAGAAUCCCUCCACAUUUGCGAGUUGGGAUGGAAUCCAUUUUACCGAAGCCGCUAAUCGCUACAUCGCCACGGGCUUGCUGAGGGGUCCCUACGCCAAUCCACCCAUCAUGAGCAGCUAGCUUUGAGGUCGCAUGGGAUCAACAUGCCAACCCAUCAGGGGAAAACAAUAAGAGUUGCUCGAUCUCGGAGAAGCAUCCCCAGUUAUUAAUCUUCUUUUAUUUAUUGAUAUAGGUUUUGUUCAAAUCUAUCUAGUAAUUUUUUUUUUAAUUCGUUCACUGAGAAUGGAAUUCAUUUAACCAAUAACGUGUAAAUUGUUCAGGUUGUCAGGAAAGUCUGGGCUCAUUGCACA